AUGGAUCGUCUGGUGUCGUCUUCUCUCCCACAGCAGACGUCCGAUGCCAACCUGAACCGAAGCGCCUCCCUCCCACACAGCCAGUCCCAGAGUCACCCGCGACAACGGCAACAGCGGGAGCAAGAGCAACGACAGGAAUACAAUCACCGACGCAGCACUUCUCAGGCUCCCAUACUGGAGCACCAGCACGCGCCAGGCAGCAAGACUGCAUCUCCUGCUCCCCUGGCCGGCGUGGGCAGGUUCACCGAGGAGUGGGACGCCAGCCAGCGCGGCAGCUCCAUCAUCGACGAGAGCAACCGACCCGGUUUCGCCGCCAUGCAGCGCUCCAAUUCCGUGCACAGCUUCGCUGCUGGCGAUGAUCAGCAGCUUCCCGUGCGAAACAACACACUUCGCAAGAAGUCGUCCAUGAGACGAACCAGCAGCCUCAGACGCAGUAGCAGUCGCCGAAGUAGCAGACCCGGCAGUGUUAGGAGUUUGGCCUUGCAUUCGGCCUCGGACCGUGAUGAUGCUCACAGCGCUUUUUACUGCCCUAUCCCUACCUCCGGCACUCCGACAGAUGUCCUUGCCAGCAGAUUCCAGACCUGGAGAAAGGUUCUCAAAGACUUGAUAGCCUACUUCCGCGAGAUCCAGUCGCACUACGAGCAAAGGUCCAAGGCCCUUGUCAAGCUUGCCAAUGUUGCAAACAAUAUCUCGACCCCCCCGCAGUUUCUUCGAUCUGCCGGGAUUGACGAUGCCCUGCAGUUUCUCCGUAACUACAACACAGCUGCCAUUCAAGAAGCUAAUAAGUCCAAGGAAAUCGAGGAGGAUGUAAUCUUAGCUCUGACAGGGUUGAGGAGCGAUCUUCAGCAGAAAAUCAAGGAAAUCAAGCACUUAUCUGGCGACUUCAAAAACUCAGUGGAUCGCGAGAUGGAGACCACGUCCAAAGCCGUUCGUGCUCUUGCCGAAGUUCUCGACAAGACGGAAAUAGACGCCUCGUCUACAACGGGGAAGCAAGAUCCCUAUCUGAUGCGCCUCGCAGUUGACCGACAAGUCGAGCGCCAAAUAGACGAAGAGAACUACCUUCACCAGGCAAGCAAACAUUCCCCCAGCCGACUUCUUCCCACCGACUGGGAGCAAAAUAUCUUCAAUCACACCUUUCUUACCAUUCUCGCGUAUAACGCUUACGCAGGUAUCCUCAAGCGCGAAGCCGACAAUGCCUAUGCAGUGGUAGAUGAACUGCGCGAAGGUCCCAUCAACAUGCCCAAGGACCAAGAAUGGAUUCAUUUCGUCACACACGAUGACCACAUCGUUGACCCUACCGUACCCAUGCGAUCUUCUGAUCAGAUCCAUUACCCGGGCCAGGAUCAUGUCUCAGCACAGGAGAUUCGAGCUGGGCUUCUGGAGCGCAAGAGCAAAUAUCUGAAGAGCUACACAGCCGGAUGGUAUGUCCUUUCUACAACACACCUCCAUGAGUUCAAGUCGGCGGACAAAGCACAAGCUCCGGUCAUGUCACUGUACUUGCCCGAGCAGAAGCUCGGCUCCCAUUCGACCGAGGGUGGCUCAUCCAACAAAUUUAUCCUCAAGGGGCGACAAACUGGCACGAUGCACCGCGGGCACACCUGGGUUUUCAGAGCCGAAAGUCAUGAUACUAUGAUGGCAUGGUACGAGGACAUUAAGGCAUUGACUGAAAAGACCCCCGAAGAACGAUCCCAGUUUGUUCGCACUCACUCUCGAAGCUUAAGCCGAUCAUCCCGUCGAUCCGUUAGCAGUGAUGGCAUCGUGGACGAAGACGAUGAAGAGCCUUUCUCUGCGAAUCAAGUGGACGUCAACCCAGAGCCACGAGAGGACAUGGUUUCCCGACGGCCUCAACCAGGUGGGCGGUUUCCAUCAGAUCUUCAAAUCAACGCACAGCGUGGCUUACAGGCGCCACAAUCGCCAUCUAGUGUAAGCUCCGGUCACCAGGAUCACUCUCCGGAUGCCCAAGCCUAUGCGGCUGCGGGGGCUCUACCGGCGGCUGCGCUUGUAGCCGGACGUGAGGGUCAGCAUCUGCACCAUGGCCAAGAAAAUCACAUGGGCUAUGGAGGCACCGAGCAAACUCCAAUGGAAGAUAUGCCAUCCCAAGCUGCCAUAGCCAGUCAACAGGCGCAUCAUGAUGGCGUUAAUCCAUACACAUGCGAACCAGUUCCCCAUCCGUCAAACCAAGACGGGGGGUAUUUUGCCGGCGCCUUCGUGGGUUCACAAGGACAUCAAGAUCACGACCUUGACGGGAAAGCCACCAACGUUGUCCCUGAAGCCUCUGAGCUUUCAAAUGCACCCCGGCAAAAUGUAGAUACCGAGCCUGUCAAUUCUGGUGAACGCGAAGUGGCUUCUAACACGACCGAAAACGACAGUCAAAGCCAUGCAAAUGCUAAUGCUACGGCCGACAAAAUAAGUCCCCUUGUAUUGGCAGCCAGUAAUAUCCCUAGAUCCGAAACUCAACGAGAGUUAGCCCUCCAGGUGGUUCCCGAAGCCAGUGCCACCGAACAUACCACCCCGGCCGAAACUUCUUUGGGAGGGACAAGCAGACCGAAGAGAGAAACUGACGACAGAACGGAAAGCGCUGCCACUAUCUCAAACUUGCAAAUCCCCGGGAAAUACCCGAAGGGCAGCGGUAUUGUCUCGCCUUAA